GGUUCUUCACCACUCCUAUUUUCUUUUUAAUCUCUUUACUCUAUUUUUUCUUCCAAAGUUUUCACCUAAAAGUAGUAAAAUGACUAAAUGAAAUGGUGUAAAUGAAGUUUAAAGUGUAAGUAAAAGGAGGUUGCUACAACCAUUUAAACUUCUGCAUUAAACUUUAUUUCACUUUCCUUAAACUCUCCAGGAAUCAGUGCAGACCUACGAGGAAUCCAGCUGUUCCAGCCAUCUAUUUUACUAUCAGAUUUUAUCACCUACCCAUCCACCUACAUUUAUCUGCUUUCUGUUCCAGGGAAUGUGGGACGGACAGUGGAAUGGAAAAUUAAAAAUAGAAUCUAAAGUCCUUUUAAGCUAAACCGGUGCCACGUAUUGUCAAUGAAUGCUCCACCUGUCAUUUCAUUCUUAAGAAAGCAAACCUCAGGUAUAAAGGCAAACUUGUUCUCUAAAGAGAAAAUAAACAGAAUAGCUUGAAUGGAGUUGUCUUCUCCUUUAAAGGUAUGGGCGGGGAUCGGAGUUGGGUUUCAGUGCCGCCUCCUUUUUUCUGUUCUCACACCCAGCAGCUCAGGCCAGUCACAGAAGAGUCAGCGAGCUUUGGACUGGGUUUGUGUGCUUUGGUUAUAGCUUCAAGCUUUCCCGGUUGAUUAUGAAAUUAGCCACCAUCAAUGAAGAACCACAAUACGACACACCACUGGGGAACUUCCACAGCCUUUCCACACCUUUUUCAAAGGUCGCUGACCCCUGAAAAAGGACUGAACCAGUUUGACUUUUGUUUGUUAAUGAAACUGAACUUUAAUAUACUGGAUGAAAACUUUUAUCAAGUGGGGAGAUGGCCAAAGUGUACAGACUCUAUGUAGGAAUAGUAAUAGCUCUGGCCUUAUGCAAAUACUGCCUGGCAGAGUGGAAUGCCACAGACGUGCCUCCCACUGGAACUGUGUCCGACUGUCAUCUCCAUGGCAACAGAGACAAUUGCACAGACACUAUAGAUACUGGACAGUCGAAUGGGCACUUCUCAAAAUGCCCAGAGGAACUUGAGCAUUACUGCAUCCAUGGGGAGUGUCGUUACAUUAAGGACCAGGAUGCACCAUCCUGCAGGUGUCAGAUCGGUUUCAUUGGUUCCAGGUGUGAGUACCUAAACCUGGAGGGGCAGAAACAAGUCAAACAAGGAAUCAUAAUUGCCUGUGCCAUCGCAGGGCUUGUGCUAUUAAUUCUUCUUGUUGUUUUCAUCUUCAUCUGUUCACGUCGUAGGAGGAGAUUGCAAAGCAACAGACGAAGGGAGGAACCAAGGAAUGGGACGGAGAAGCUUGGCAUGAUGAUGGACAGCAAUGCAACAGGCUCAACUUUAAAGUCCGACUCAGCAGAGCAAGCCCUCACAAAUUCUGUAUGAGAACCUAGCUGAGGCACAUGUCUGGGAAUCGUUUAUACAUAAAAGAGGAUAGCUGUCACCUUCGCUUAAGCUGUCAGAGGUCCGUGAACGGCACUGAGACCUUAAAGGAAGGGCGUUUAUGGAUAAAGUGCAUCUGGUGGUGCACUUUAUGGGAGUUUAUACAGUUCCUUUUAACACUCUUCAAAGAAGUGUGAGAGCAAAGAAGAUGCCUUCCAGGAUUUAUGAUAAAUAUCAGUCGGGGAGCUGUGUUUAGCUGCUGGUGUGCUGGCACGGGAGAUUUUUCCACUGCUGUGGAGGAACAGGCUCAUCUAAGUGCUGCUAGGCUGCACCACACUAAAUAAACUGUUGCUAUCCUGGAAAAGGCUGUGACACCAGUUGGCAGUGAUAACAGUUGAUCCGGCUGACCAGAUAGUGCGACACAUGGACACUAAGACAUGAAAGGAAAAGGACUUUACAAAGAUACGGCACUCCAUGAACUCCAGUAAACUCUUGUCAUAUGCACAAACCAUUAGAUGUAUAGAAAUCUUCAGAGUACUGCCAGCUGCUGUUUUAGUAGCUUUGUGUCAUUUUUGUAUUGCUCCUAUUUGUUUACGGCUGGUUUUGCUUUAGUGUCACGUCACAAGAUCAGAGUGUUUAUUGUACAGGCACCAGUAAAAUCAACAGUUAUCACUUAUUCAGCAAUCCACAGAAAUGAACUAACACCGAAUAUUGUUACUCAGAAACAUUAGCAAUGCAAGAAAAGCAUGUAUAAAUAUAUAUAUAUAUAUACAGUAUGUAUAAAAUGCAGUUCUGGAUUCUCCUGGUUUGGAGGAGGACAAGGAGAACUUGUGCUAAAGGCUGUUUUGAUCUGUAUAUUUGGAGCCGAGAAGCCUCUGAGCUACAGAGGCUGAACAGCUGAGCCUGUGUGUGGAGGCUUGGCUUAACUAAAAGCGCUCCACUGUAUGAGACAGUUUCCAAACUUGCUAGCCUUUCACUUUGGGGUUUUAAUGUGUAUCUGUAUGUGUAUGAACUCUAAAUGUAGUCUGAAGAGAGUGAGGACAAAGUCAGAGAAGCUUGUUCUCAUGUUUAUAUGUCACCUGUCAGUAAAUGUGCCUCCUAUGUGCACUGUGCAUUUGCAUUUGCUUCAGCCAUUUUUUUCCAAAUUGUCUUUUCGAAUGAAACCGACACUAUGCGGUGCUCUCUAAGAAAUGGAACAUGCCUUUACUCUGCAGGCUAAUAAGUGUUCACAAUCGCUGCUGACGUGCAAAUUCCUGCAGAUAACUGUAUCUCUGUAACCUUUCAUAUGAAACUAUUAUUUCAUCCUCCACAACACAGACUCUGGACUACAUAAACAAGCAUGCAAGACGUACCGCAGUCAUAUUAAAUCGUAAUUAUGCUUCA